GCAGGAAUGAAACAACACACUCCAAAACAACAGAAAGGCCUGGAAGUUUGGGAGGUAACACUGGUUUCCGAGUUGGCCCCAAACCAUGACAACCCCCCCGGUCCUGUGUCUGAAGCCGACGCCCCCCCUGCACAGGCCAAGCCCAAGGGGAGGGCCUCAAAGAGACUGUGUCUGAAACUUAUCAAACUUUUGCUCCCUCUCUGUGUGGCCCUGCUUCUCGCGGCCCUCGUCCUGGGAGUGCUCUAUCUUCUACAUGAGAAAUGUGAGAUGGGGAUCCUGCCUGGCGUCAGAAACAAUAGCUCUGGACUGUCCAGGGGCUCACAGAUGGAACUAGAUGACAUACAGGAAAGAUUUAGGACCAUGUUGAAGGAACUGGCGGAGGCCAAGAGGGACCUAGAGGACUUACUCAGGAAUCACACGACUCUCUCUGAGGAAAAGACACAACUGCAGACACAACUUGAUCUGAUGAAGAACAACUGGGAGGAGCUUCAUGUUGAAUAUACUGAUCUCUUCAGACUAAAGACAGACCUUCAGAUUGAGCUUUUCUCGACCAAGAACAAUCUUGAGGACUUAACGAGUGAGCACAUCUCUCUGUCCGGAGAAAAGACGGCCAUGCUGAGUCGACUCGCUCAGAUUCGGACAGACUGGGAGGACCUGAAGAGAGAAUACACAAUUAUAUCCGAUGAAAAGAAAGACAUUCAGGUUGAGUUUGACGAGGCUGAGAAGGAGCUGGAAGACUUGAAGAGAAAACAUGAAACUCUCUCUGAAGAAACGACAGAAUUUAAGCAUAACCUGAAUCAAACCCAGGCAAAUUGGGACGAUGUGAAAACACUACACACUGUUCUCCUUAGAGAGAAAUCCCACAUCCAGACCGAGCUUCACCUUAUCCAGGUGACGAAGAACAACUCCUGUGCAAAUGACUGGGAGUACUUCAGAGGGAGGUGCUACUUCUUCUCCCAUGACUGGCUGAACUGGACCAUGAGCAGGGACUCCUGUGUGUCCAUGGGAGGCCAUCUGGCCAUCAUAGAGGCCGAGGAGGAACAGGUAUUCUUGACUAAUUCUGGUGGAGGCUACUGGAUUGGCCUGAGUGACUCCUCACAAAAGGGCGACUGGCGUUGGAUGGACAACUCCCCCCUCAGAGACCCAAAGUUCUGGGGUGAUGGCCAGCCGGAGGAUGACAAAGAUCCUGACGACGACCCGAUUGAGGAAAAGUGUGUUAUUCUGUCAUGGACCGACAAACACUGGGACACUGUCUCGUGUGCAGGACUGUAUAAAAGAAUCUGCGAGAGCAAGGCGGCAGACUGGCUGUGACGGGAGAUUACCAAAUGAUUGUGGAUUAUAGGAGAUUACCAAUAAUUGUGGAUUUUAGGAAAGUAUAAAACACAGAAUUAUGGGUCACUGUAACUGGAAGGCUUGCUGAGGGGAAGAUAGGUAGGUUUGUAAUGUGUCCUGUUACUUUUUGUAUUUUAUUAUGCUUGCAUCUGAUUUCAUCCACAUUUCAAGUCACUUGUACCAAAAGUGAUACAUUCCCUACCUCUGGUUAUUGUGCAUUAUUUUUUUAUACUUUCAAGCUUUUGUAAAUAAUAUUUAAGUGUUACAUGUUCUCAAUAAAGUCAAUUGAUUUGCUUCAUCACUCA